GUCGUGGGCGAGAUUCUGGAAGGGGCUGCCCCGCUCUCGGAGAACCCCAUGGAGGCGGUGGAGGAAGUGAGGGAGGGCACCCAGGCGUGCCGUGAAGGCGUGCCCAGGCUCCUGCAGUUCUUUGACGUUGAGUCCUGUCGGUUCUCGGACUCUAUCGGUUUCCAUCACCUGCUGGCCUCGCUCAAGCGGCAGCAGAUCGAUGGCCAGAUCGAGCUUGUCCAGAAUG